GUUUCGGUAUGUAAGUAAUCCUUGCAAUCCUUGCCAUCGAUUGGAUUGCCGUCGAUACCUCUGAUCAGACAAGAUGCUCACAGUGACAUUAAUUAGACAUGGAGAGUCUACGCACAACGUACUAGCUCUCUGGUCGGGCUGCACGGAAUGUCCUCUCACGGAAAGAGAACAGCAAGCACGCGCCGUAGGCGCAUACUUUGCAGACACACAAUUCACCAAGAUCUAUGCGUCUCCUCUACCCCGCGCACGGGACACAGCCCAAGCGGUACUAGACGCGCAACCCACACCCAAGCCUCCUCAUGAUUUCACCAUCACCGACAUCAGAGAACAAAGCUUUGGAGCCGCAGAAGGGCAUCAGACAUGCGUACGGGAGCCAGGCAAGACAUUCGAAGCUCACUUUGCGGAGGGAAAGUACCCGAUAUUAUAUGAAAGCGAGAAACACGUGGCGUUUCCUGGUGGAGAGUCGGUGGAUGAUUUGAUGAGGAGGGGUGAGAAGGCAGUGAGGGAUGUUGUACUUCCUCAUAUAGUGAAUGUUGCGAGGUCUGGGGGCAAUGAGCAUAUCGCACUUGUGAGUCAUGGGUUGUGUAUUGCGCAACUGGUGAGCGCAAUUGUACGAUUGGGUGGGGGAACAUGGAAGCGAAAGGGACCCAUGGUUAAUACGGCGUGGGUGAGGGUAGAGGUGCGGAUUCAGGGUGAGGUGCCGCUGCAAGUUGCGGACGACGAGGUUCCUGCGAUAGAAGUGACAGUGACGGAAGAGGGCAGGGCAGAUCACCUUGAAGGCCUUCUGGACGAGAGCUCACUUUGCGGCAUGAAAGCGAUUAUGGGUGGAGGAGUGGUUGAUGCAAAGAUUUAGAGCCUGAAUUUAGCGGAGGAUAUCGCGCAGACAUCUGCGGAUAAGUACAUAGAGCUUGCACAUACAUCACGGAAACCGCUGGUUGCAAUGUUGUUUACUGACCGGAGCCGUCAUAACUUAUGUAACCUCGGUUAAGAGGUUAAAAGUGGA